UUCGACGCCGGGCCGCGGAGCUCCCAAGUCAGUCUCUGCUUCUCACCAAAGAGACAGGCCCGGGAUCACCAGCUUGUCCCCUCGUUUCAGGGGCAAGAAGGCCGCAUCCACUGCAGAGAGAGGUCGAGGAAAUUGGAGGGGGCGGGAGGGAGGGAGGCUCUGAAGACCCCUCGACCUGCACCCGAAAGGCACCCGGUGGCUUUUCAGCCCGUGUGACAAACCCCCACGAGGAAAAGCAUGAAUAUGGGCGAUGGUUUUACAAAGAAAAACACUCCCAAGAGUCUCAUCAGAGCGGAGGAGUUGGGAGAUGAUCAAGCUGAAACUAAAAUGAGUUUAAUUCAAGAGCUGGGAUCUGAGACAGAACCGAAUUUAGACAUGAGUGAAAGCAGCGAAGAAUGUGUGAAAAAGAUUAGCAGUGUGAAUCUUGACAAACUUAUAGAUGACUUCUCACAGAUAGAAAAGAAAAUGAUAGAAACCAGUGGAAAGAAUAAUAUACUGGAUAUACAGUUGGAAAAAGCUAACUAUUUGUUAAAAGUAAUGCAAACAAAGGAGGUCUCAAUUAAAGAAGAAUGUGCUACUCUUCAUAAUAUGAUAAAAGGGCUACAACAGACCAUUAAAUCUCAACAUGAUUUGAGAGGUGAAAAUGAACAACUAAAAAGAAGUGCUGAUUUUAUGAAAGAAAAUUUUAAAUCUCAUGAACAGGAAUAUAAGAAUAAUAUUGCCAAACUUAUGAGUGAAAUGAAAAUCAAAGAGGAGGGAUAUAAGAUAGAAAUAAGGAAACUUCAUCAGGAUAUGCAGGAAAAAAUUGAGUCAAAUGAAAAAAAGCAUAAAGAACUGAUAGAGAAAAAGGAGGUAGAAAUUUCAGAGUUAAAUGCAAAGUUGAGAACUCAAGAAACGGAGAAACAAAGUGAAAUUAUCAAAUUACAGUUAGAGUUUGAUGCCAAACUAGCAAGAGUUCAAACUAAAUCAAAAUCAUAUCCAGAUUCUACUGUUUUGCCACAGAGUAUCUACAGAAGGAAGCUUCAACAUCUUCAAGAAGAAAAAAACAAGGAGAUUGCAGUUCUUCGGAAUACCAUUCAUGAUUUAGAGCAACGUCUCUCCCUUAACAAAGAUUCUGAUCUUAAACCUACUGGGAAAGGUUCCUACCUUAAGCGUAGACGGUUUUGAGUAGGAAAGUAAAUUCACUAGUUGCUACCUAAUUUCUUUAAAAGCAGUUGAUUUACUUCCAUCAUUAAUAGAACAUACUGCCCAAAUAAUAACAAAGAGAAAGGAGAGCUUCAAACUUUUUAAAUUGAGUUUAUUUAAACAAAUCCACAUCUGGCCAAUCGUGUACUACAUUCUUGCUUAACAGUAUUAACCAUAAAGGAGUUCAGGUUUAUAGGCCUUAGUUUACCUAUUGAACCAUCAUUGACUAUGGAAAUACUUUCUAAACAAUCAACAGACAGACAACAUUCUUUUAUCUUUUCCAUUACAACUCUCAAGACAGACUCUCAAAUUUAAGAGUAUGAUAUGCUAGAUAAAGAAAAUAGGAUAUAGGGGAUUCAUUUCAUACAUGAUAGUGAAAAUCAAGACUCUUAGAUAUACAAAGUGUAAGUAGAUAUUUAAAAUGUAGUCCUAGCAAAAUAUUCAUGUGUCAGUAUUUCUGGAACUUAAAAGAUGAAUUCACUGAGUUCUUUAAAGGUUUAAUCAAUUAAAAACAUAAGAUUUAAAAGACUAAGAUAAUAUUUUUUUGAGAAAUAAGAAAAAAAUGGAAAACAUGUCUUUGUUGUUCCUUCUCCAUUCUAAAUUGCUAACUAUCCAACAGAAACCCCUAGGUCAUAGUUUAUGUCUCUGUUCUCAUUAAAGCAAGUAGAAUGCUGGAAAAAGAAAAAGAAAGACAUAUUAACCAAAUGCUGCAAUCACCUUUAUAAUAAAAUAAUGAAAACAUGGUUUGGGCAAAAAUUUCUUUGAUUUAAAUUUUAAAAUUUGUAAGCCAAUUAAUAGAUUUCUCCAUGUUUGUACAAAUCCAAUUCUUAUUUUUGGAUCAGUAUUAAUUAGCUUAUAAAAUGCUGGAAAUAAAAUUGUCCAGACCUACUUGGGGAGUAUGUCUUAUUUAACUAUUUAGUAUGAAGGUCAUUUUCACAUUUUGGCCUUAUUUUUUCAGCUUCAAAUGGUGCUGGCUUCUGUGGGCUGAAGCUG